CUCAUUGACAGCCCACCCGCUCAAGGGCCCUCGGGUUCAUCUCCCUCUGUUUCUUAAAACUUUCCGUUCUCUCGGACUCUGUCCUCCCUUGGCUCUUCCUUCCCUAGCGGCGACGACUGGGCGAGCGGCGGCGUCACUUCUUCGUCCAGCCCUUUGCCGGCGACGAGCAUCCUCCAGUUUGCAAAAAUUAUCGGGUGUACAUGUGUGCACCCAUGUCCUUUGCUGGGUCCGCCCCUGACUAGCAGCCAUGCUGGAGAAGAUCGGGUUGCCGCCGAAGCCGUCAAUGCGAGGCGCCACCUGGGUGGUGGAUGCAUCCCACUGCCAGGGUUGUUCUGUCCAGUUCUCCUUGUUCACUAGGAAGCACCAUUGCCAGAGAUGUGGGGGCUUGUUCUGCAGCAGCUGCACCCAGCAGAGGAUGGUUUUACGUGGACAGGGUGACUCACCUGUUAGAAUUUGUGAUCCUUGCAAAAAGCUUGAGGAAGCAGCACGCUAUGAGUUGAGAUAUGGACACAAAAACAGAGCUCAAAGAGCUACCACAAAAGCAGCUUCAAAACCAGAGGAUGAAAUUCUAAGUGAAAUUCUUGGAGGUGAUGGAGUGCAGACUCAGUAUUCUCGCAAGGCAUCUCUGGAUUCUGAACUUCCUGGGAGAACCGCAAGCAGUGCCAGUGCCUCCAGUUCCAGUUCCAGAAGAACUUCUACUAAUUUCAGUAUGGAUGCAAAUGGAGAUGAUAGCCUCUCUGCUGCAGCACACAAUUAUGAACUCAACAACACUGCAUCUAUUUUUACCCCGGAGGAGUUGCGCCAACAAGCUGUUGAAGAGAAGAAAAGGUACAAAACUCUGAAAUCAGAAGGUAAACCAGAGGAAGCAUUGCGGGCUUUCAAGCAUGGUAAAGAACUUGAGAGGCAAGCUGCAGGACUGGAAUUAGAAUUGAGAAGGAGCAGGAGAAUGGCUACAAAAACUCCUAAUGUAGCUGCUGUUGGUAGCGCCCUGACGACUGAUAUUUCUGAAGAGGCCGAAACAAAAAGGUCUUCAACUGGUAAAAGGGUUAAGAAAGAAAAUGAUCUUGCUUCUGAGCUCAGAGAACUAGGCUGGUCAGAUGCAGACCUUCGUGAUGAAACAAAAACAGCCCCUGUGAGCGUGGAAGGAGAGCUGUCGCAGCUUCUUAGAGAGGUGGCCCCUAAAUCAUUGGAGGGCAAGAAAACUGGUGGUAUCGAUAAAUCUCAGGUUAAUGCUCUGAAGAGGCAAGCCUUACUGCUGAAGCGAGAGGGUAGGCUAGCUGAAGCAAAGGAAGAGCUGAAGAAGGCUAAGAUUUUGGAAAAGCAACUAGAGGAACAGGAGAUUCUGGGUGAAGCAGAAGACUCCGAUGAUGAUUUGGCUGCAAUUAUUAGGAACAUGGACGAUGAUAAGCAUGAUGACAUAUUGAUGGACGAUCCAAAAUUCCCUGCUUUCAGCUUCGAACAAAUUCUGGGUGGCUCUAAUGAUCUUGCCAUUGAUGGCCAAUUUGAUGUUACAGAUGAUGACUUGAAUGACCCAGAUAUGGCUGCUGCCCUAAAAUCAUUUGGCUGGAGUGAGGACGACGACAAACAAUUGGAAAACCAUGAAUCUGUUUCUUUUUUGACAAAUCAAGAGGCAAUAAAGGAGCAAGUGCUUGCUCUGAAAAGAGAGGCUGUCGCAAACAGAAGGUCUGGUAAUGUUGCAGAAGCCAUGUCAUUGCUUAAAAAGGCAAAGUUACUUGAGAAAGAUCUGGAAACUGAAGAGGCAGACUCGAAGGUUCCUUCUCCAGAAGGACAGAAAACCGCGAAUGCAGAAGAUGUCACUUUUGCUUUGACGAAUGCCCGACCUGUAUCAGCACCAAAAAGUAAGCUAGCAAUCCAGAGAGAACUAUUGGCUCUGAAAAAGAAGGCACUAGCUUUGAGGAGGGAAGGGAAGGUGGAUGAGUCUGAGGAAGAGCUGAAGAAAGGUAGUAUUCUUGAGAAGCAGCUUGAAGAGCUUGAGAAUUCUUCCAAACCACCUGCAGCCAAGGAAACCAGGAGCUUUGCAUCUAAUCCCCCAUACAAGGUUGAACCCCCAAGUCUCAAUCUUGCUGAUGAAGGAUUUGAACCUGAGGUUACAGACAAUGACAUGCAGGAUCCAGCGUUGCUAUCUGUGCUGAAAAAUAUGGGAUGGGAAGAUGUUGAUACUGAUUCUGCAAAAACAACUGACAAACCAUCAAUUUCUUCACAUGUGGUUCCUCAGAAGUCAUCGAAAACUAAGGGUCAGCUUCAGAAGGAACUGCUUGGUAUAAAAAGGAAGGCUCUUGCGCUCAGACGGGAAGGGAAAAACAUUGAAGCUGAUGAGGAACUUGAGAAGGCGAAGGUCUUGGAGCAGCAACUGGCUGAGAUUGAAGAAUCAAGUAGCUUGACUGCUAGUCAACAAGGUGUUUCUACUGCUGGGCAUCAGAUUACUGAAAGUAAAUAUGGUGUUCAGCAUCUCCCUAGUGUUGAUGCAACUGUACCCCCAUCUUCAGUAAGAAAAGCAAUGAAGGGGGACGACGAUAUCUUGCCAGGGCUUGCAUGUGAACCCGGUAUGUCAGUGGAUACUCUAGAUGGUUCUCCAAGCAAACCGCAGACUGAGACAACUGGUUCUAAACAAGGCAAUGUGGCAAAAGAAAUCAGUGGCAGAACAUCUUCAGCCUUGCCGUCGCCAGCUUUUACUGAUCCCUUGGGAUUUGAAAAAGGGUCGCAUUCGCCUUCUGAAGUAUUUGAUCAUAAAGAUCCUCAGAAAACUCAUGGAGAUGAUACUCUAAAAGAUGAGAUCUUACUUCAUAAGAGAAAAGCAGUUGCCUUUAAGAGAGAAGGGAAGAUGGCAGAAGCUAAAGAAGAAUUGAAACUGGCAAAACUAUUAGAAAAACGCCUUGAAGGUGCUCAACAAGAUAGUGUGGAUGGUGGUCAUGAAUCCACCACUGCUGUGCUACAGAGCAACAUGGUCCAACAACCUGCUAGCUCCAGCAACGACACUGAUGCUGUGGCCUCUGCCCCUCCUGCACAAGCAAGCAAGUCGACGCAACCUCAGAAAGCAUUGUCCAGCCGAGACCGUCUCAAAAUCCAACGUGAAUCCCUUGCUCACAAGCGCAAUGCCCUGAAGUUGCGAAGAGAAGGAAAGACUGCAGAAGCAGAUGCAGAAUUUGAACUGGCCAAGGAGCUAGAGAGCCAACUGGAAGAGUCAGACAACCAAGGUUCAAGUUCUGGCGGCAGGUCAGGAGAAGCAAAUGACGCUGUCGUGGAGGAUCUUCUUGAUCCUCAGAUCAUGUCCGCCUUAAAAUCCAUCGGGUGGAGCGACAUGGAUUUAUCCAUGCAGUCUUCUAGUUCGCAGCCUCCGAAACACACGCAGUCGUCUAACGCGCAACCUCCAAAGAAAGUGGAAGCAAAGCCAGCUGUCGCAGCGACCAGCAAGCCUCAGAGUGAGAGGAGCCAGCUGGAAGAAGAGAUAAAGGCCGAGAAACUGAAGGCACUCAACUUGAAGCGGGAAGGGAAGCAGGCAGAGGCCCUGGAGGCCCUUCGCUCGGCAAAGCGACUGGAGAAGAAGUUGGCCUCACUUAGCUAAUCUUAUCUUACCCUUCCGGAUUGAUUGUGUUCAUCUUCAAUUGUAUGGUUUCGUUACUUGAUGUCCCAGCUAUAACUUAGAAGCAUAUUGCCAUAUCGAGAGGCUUAUGUCUCGUGAGCUAUGAGCACAGAACUUGAAAGCCCUUUCUUGUUGUAUAAAUAAAAGCUGAUGGGCGACGAUUCUUUUCACGAA